GUGUGUGUGUGUUUUAGGUCAUAACAACCUCUUUUAUUGGAAUCAGUUUAGAUAUUGCAGAGGCAUAAUUUCAGUAAAUGUAUUCUCUCUUCAACUGAGCUUCAGUGUUAGAAAAUAGCUUGCAGCUUCAUUGAAAUGUUGUGUGUAAAAAUAUUAUGGCUGUAAGAUAUAUGAUUAGUAACAUAAGUACUGUGCAUAUACCACUGUUAUCCUUUGUAGUGUUCAGGUGGGACAAAACCAGUCGUCAUUUCAUUCAAGAGACUAAUGAUGAUUUUUGCAGACCAGACAUGGUUUCGUGAGAGAUGCAGCCCACAUGUCUGAAAAAGGGAAAGACUGUGGUUUAUUGACAUGCGUCGCAAGAUAUGUAGAAGUAGAUGAAAUGUCGAAGAGGUUUAACGUUUGGCAUAAGUGGGAAGCUUAAAUAUUGUCUGUACUUCAUAGAUAAUGCAUGAAGAUAAAAAGACAUCUGCCAGUUUGUCCUGCUUAGGUCACAUUUAACGGAUUUUGUUCUUGUGGUUUAUCGGUUUGCGAAAAACUUUGGCAGCAGAGAUUUACUUCAUGAGUUCAUUACCACGGAAAACUACCACCAGUUUCACUCAAGGAGAAAUGAUACUUUGAAAUCAUCGGCGAAGUUUCACUAUGACGAACUGCUCAACUAAAGACGUGGACGCUUUAACACAGAAGCUGGACUUGGUGAUUUACGUGCCUGUCCUGGUGUUCGGCUUGGCGUUAAACAUUGCAGCACUGGUAGUCUUCUGUGUGCUGCUCAGAAAAUGGACCGAGUCCUCCAUCUACAUGACCAACCUGGCUCUGAUGGACCUGCUGUUGCUGCUGCAGCUGCCCUUCAAAAUGCAUGCAGCACACCAAAAGUGGGCAGAAGACAAGAAGCUAUUUUGCUCCUUUCUGGAAAGUCUUUACUUUGUAGCUAUGUAUGGUAGCAUCUACACAAUUGUGUGCAUAGCCAUAGACCGGUACAUCGGUAUAAACCACCCAUUUCGAGCCAAGCAGGUGCGUUCAAAACAAAACGCCUUGAUUGUUUGCAUUUUAAUUUGGGUGUUCGUUAUGGCAAUGACUUCACCCAUCUACACCUUCCGGGAAGAGAAAAGUGGAAAUUUCACCUGUUUCCAUGAAUUCUCCAGCAAGGGUUGGAGCACUGAAAUAAUCGUGUGCCUAGAGGUCUUUGGUUUUCUGUUGCCCGCCGGAGUACUUGUGGCGUGUUCCAUUCAGAGUGUCCGUACUCUCAAAGCCUCAAAGAACAGUGACCGCAGUAGGCAAGCUGGUGUGAGAAUCAUCUACAGCAGCCUAGCGGCCUUCCUAGUGCCCUUCACCCCCUGUCACGUGGCUAUAUUCCUGCAGUAUCUUGUCCGUAAUAGCUUUAUUUCUGACUGCAAACAGCAACAGAACAUCGCCCUUUUCAUACAGGUGUCAAUGAACAUUGCAAACGUGACCUGCUGCUUGGACGCACUGUGCUACUAUUUCAUUGCGAAGGAAGUCCGAUCCACCAAAGAGACGUUUAGACUGUCCAUCAACAGAGCGAGAACCAACAGCAGCUCAGAUGUCUGAGGUAAACUCAGUUUAUUAGUCUUUCAGAAUGUGUUCUGAUGGAUUUCCAGUGGAAGUAAAGGUGUGGUCGUACUAGCGAAAUUUUGCGGUCGAAAAGAGUCUACUCUAAAAACUGCUGGGUUAAAAAAUAACCCAACCUUAACCACGCUGCUGGGUCACUAUUGGACAGAACACGCGCUGGGUUGGUUUGACCCAAGUGCUGGGUUUUACCGUUUAACCCAUAUUACUGGGUCAUUCAUUUGACCCAACCAGUGGGUAAAAUGAACCCUCUUGCUGGGUUAAGUCAAACAAAUAGUUUAGUCAAAUAAAUAGUUAUUAUUUAAUAAUAAAUAGAUUAUUUCCUGUCUCACUGCCUUUAUACAUUAGUUA